GGUUUUGUGGGUUUUUAGAGAUAGACAAAAGCACUUUUCUAUCGCACUUUACUUUAAAAAGGGCUUCUUAAAAGUCUGUCUUUCUUUCUUUCUCAACCUCUUUAACAUUCUUUCUGCCAUUUCCAUGGGAUUUAGUUGUUGCCCUUCUAACUUGGCAACUAGUUCUUGAUACAAACAACACCAACGGUGGAAAUAUGUCUGAAUCAAACAAAGAUCCCGCUAUUAAGCUUUUCGGUGCUAAGAUUCCGCUUCACGAUACUCAGAUUCCGGCUGUAUCCGAUUCCAUGGACAUUAGCAAAGAAAUAACAAGCGAAAGUAAUGGCCUUGAGAUGGAUCACUCUGAUGAGCCUGAUAAGUCCUCUACUUUGAAUAAUGUCAAGGAAGAAGACCAGGCUCCUGUGCAAGAAAAUGAGGUCCAAGUUAAUCCUAAGCUGAAGGUAGAUCAGGCCGAGACAGAUACGGACCAAGAGAAAGUUUUCAAAAGGCCAGACAAGAUCCUUCCAUGUCCACGUUGCAACAGUUUAGAUACUAAAUUUUGUUAUUUUAAUAACUACAACGUCAACCAACCUAGGCAUUUCUGCAAGAAUUGCCAGAGAUAUUGGACAGCCGGAGGAACUAUGAGAAAUGUUCCUGUGGGUGCUGGGCGGCGUAAAAACAAGCACUUUGCCUCUCAAUAUCGUCAGAUAAUAGUAUCUUCAGAUGGGGUGCCCAUUACUGGUCCGGAAAUGCCAAACUCAGCCAAUCACCAACUUAUAUCAUGCGGUGAUUCUACAACCACAUUGAUGCCUACAACUGGAAAUGGGACAGUUCUAAAAUUUGGCCCUGAAGCACCACUUUGUGAAUCCAUGGAGACUGUACUUAAUCUUGGAGACCCGAAGAAAACUGUUGAGCUGAGUGCUGUAAAUGUUGUGGAAAACCGAGAGAAGACUGCCCUGUGUGGAUCUUCUGUAACAGCUUCCAGCAUUCAAGGAAAUGAAUUGCCUGAAAAUGUUAUGCAAAAGGAGUGCGUCUUGUUGACAGGAUCUUGCAAUGAGCGUAAUACACCACAUCCUAUGUUUUACCCUGUUCCUUCAUGGGGUGCUCCUUGGAAUCCGAAUUGGAACAAUGUGGCGUCCAUGGCAGCAGCUCAGUGCUCUUCUGAUCAAGUUUGUAUGCCAAAUGGCAGUAAUCACAUUCCAGUUCAGUGGUGCCCAACACCGGUGCUGGCAGUUCCCGGAUACUGCCCACCCAACAUUCCUUUACAAUUUGUGCCUGCAACAUAUUGGGGCUGCAUGACCAUGUGGGCAGCUGGAGCAGGGAACAUAGCAGUGGGUGGAUCUAAUGGUUGCCUGUCUCCAUCGUCCUCUACUAGCAACAACAGUUGCGGCUCGGGCAAUGGUUCGCCAACUCUAGGCAAGCAUUCAAGGGACCCAAAUCCUAUGGAAGAAGAGCAAUUGGAGAAAUGUGUUUUGGUGCCAAAAACACUGAGAAUCGAUGAUCCAGAUGAAGCUUCAAAGAGCCCUAUAUGGGCUACACUUGGUAUUAAACCCAAUGAGAUGGAUCCCAAAUCAAGAGGAACUAUUUUCAAAGGUUUUGAACCCAAAAAACAAAGCAAGGGUCAUCUACUGCAUGGUUCUCAAAUCUUGGAAGCAAAUCCGGCAGCUCUUUCGCGGUCUCAUACAUUCCAAGAGAGUACAUAGAGCACCAUUGAUGGAAUUCUGGACAAGAAACUUGGGUUGUAUCAUCUUUGCUUAUUUUGGGCACUUACUAUCUGUUUCUGAGCAAGGCACAAUUGUUCCCUGGCAUACUCUUCUCCCUUUAGGGCAAUCAACUUUGUAGAAACUAGCUCUUGGAAAUGACAAGCUGCCAUGGUAAUCAACUUUUGUUAAAAAGACGUAUUUGUAAAUAUUAGAGGAUAGAAACUUAGCCCUUAUCUGUUCAUAUACUCGUCUGUAUCUUUGCAUUCUCUGAUAAAAACAAGAGAGCUGUUUUUUAAGUUAGUAGGUAGAAUUCAAACAUUAAAAAGCCUAACCCAAAUUUGGGUUUCUUUCUUUGGAUAAAACUGUUGUAUUUAUUGGCUAUAUUUUAAUUCUUUCGUGCUCAUUCCUGAAACUUUAUGGGACUGAAUUUAUUAUGAUUACUUUUCCUUUGGAAUUUUAGAAUGCUGAGUUAGUUAUGGUUGUAAUGUCCAAGUUUGCCAAGUGAUAGAUAUUAGAAUAUUCAGUUUCAGCUGUUUCAGUGAUUUGCGGCACUCAAUUUUUGUCUGGUGAGUGAAUUUAUAUAUAUA